AUGUGUUUUGAGGUGAUGUUUGUACUCUAUAUUAGUAAUAUGACGUUACCUUCUGUAUCUCAAUCUACCACAACUCAAACUCGACUAGAAUGUAAUCAUUUAGCAUUUAGUCAAGGGAAUAAAUCUUAUUUUUAUAACAACGUUAAUAAAACCUGUAUAAUUUAUCCUACUAUAAUAUAUAGGAAAGAUUCAUUGGUUUCACACCCUGGAUUUGAAUAUUUUGUUGAAGACGGUCCUGCUUGUGGACCUCCUCCAGUCCCAAAAGGUCACAAAUUAUUAGAAGUAAUUGGAUCUCCUGGUAAUUAUACAGCAAGAUAUAAAUGUGGUCAAUAUUACAUUCAUCGUCAAAUAGGCGAAACACGAUGUAUUGGUAAUUCAGAUUGGACGGAAACACCAUGCCAGGAUUUUGCUUCUUGUGAAACGAUAAAAGAAUGUAACUCAUCUUAUACAACUGACGGUGAAUAUAUUCAUUAUCCUGGUAUCUUAAACAGUUCUUCAGUUCGUCUGUAUUGUCACAACAUGAAUACCAGCAGUCCUAAAACCUACCUCACUCUCAAUGCUACUAAUGUAUUUGAUGUUCCUACUGGAAGGUGCUAUGGAGGCCAUGGAUGCGAAGUGUAUCCCUAUACCAAUCCUGCGCAAGGAAAGACAACUUUCACAAAGGUUGCUAUUGAUACAGAGCAAAUGUCCAGCAUGAACCAUGAUUACACAUUUACCAUUCAAGAUUUUGGAACUCAGAGGCCGUAUGGCUGGGUGUUUUGUUGUAGUCUUUCAAAUAUAGCCAUGUGUUUGAGAGGAAGAUCAACAAUAGAUUUAACUAAUACAGGACUAAUGAUCAGUAACUCGACAUCAUGGUCAAAAACCGGACAUUUAAGUCAUUUUACAGUAAAUAGAACUGAUUUUGUGGUACAAUUAAGAGGUGAUGGUAGUUGUGGUGGGGCUAGACCAACUGGUAACUUGAUACAAUUUGUUAAAGAUCAACAAUAUGUUAUGCCAGAUGAUACUAUAGAUCCACAAUGUAGUUUACUUGGUAUAUAG